AUGAGGAAAACUCUGGUAAAUGCUCUUCUGCUUCCACAUGUUAAUUAUUGUGCUGCUGUAUAUCUUGGUAUUGGCUCUGGACUUAAUCUUAAGCUGCAGCGAUUGGUAAACGAAGGCAUUAGAUACACACUGGGUCUGCCCUGGGACUCUCCUAUCACUCAGGCCAGAAUAAAUUUGGGUUGGCCUACUGUCAGCAUGGCCAGAGCACGUGCAGUUUUAAUAAUUGUGCGCAAAGCUCUUAUUGAACGUGCCCCAUCUUACCUAACUGAACUUCUGGCAGUGUAUUCUGCCACUAGGCUAUUCAGGAAUCAAACCAGUUCCAAUAGACUGGUUAUUCCCAACCAUCACACACAGGCUUACAAAUACUCAUUUGCUGUUGCUGCCCCAUACUUAUGGAAUGACCUACCUGAUGAACUGAGGUCAGUACGUAGUGCUUCUACGUUCAAGCGUGAUCUGGGCUCCUGGCUGCUGAAAACUGAUGAGUCAUGGGCGAUGAAAUUCUUCGUUACGUGA